AUGAAGCGCUUCUUCCGCCUGCCGGCGUCGCCCUCGAAGCGCAAGUAUGAGGUCGAGCGCUCCAAGCUCGAGACCGCGCUGCUCGACAUCGAGGCCAAGAAGCAGGCCCUCCUCGCCCCGACGGACGCGCUCGAUGAGCUCGUUGAGGAUGCGACGACCCUCGGCGAGACCCGCCCCGUCGGCGGAGGCAGCCCGCCACGUCCGACGUCGCCAGCAAAGACCAAACCCGUGGCGUUCUCCAAGCCGUCCUUCUCAAGCGACCUGCCCAUGUCGCUCGCCAUGUCUUUCUCGUCCGUCAACUCGGCCAUGCGGCUCUCGCCCUCCAAGCAGUUUCUCGACACGACGAGCCCCGACGCCGUAUGGAGCCUCAAGGAGGUGUUCCUCGCACAAGACGCUAGCAGCGAUGUCAAGAUCGGAACUGUCGAGCUCCAUACGAACGCUAACCUCAAGGCGGCGCGUGAGCUCAUCGCUCGGUUUCUUCCAAGCGCUCCCAAGGGUUUUGUCUUCGAGACAGGGGACGGGGUUCUCGACGCGAGCGCGGAGAGCAUGAUGCUCCUUCAGGACGUCUUCCCCAGUCACAUUCGUCUGCGAGAACUGCAGCCGUUGACAUCCAAGGAAGCGCAGCAGCGCCGAAACUUGGUCAAGGAGCGGCAACAGGCCGCGUUCGAGCAGUUUGUUCAGCGCCGGACGCAGGAGCCCAAGCCACAGGAGGCGUACAAAGUCGAGGUUAUUGAAGCACCCGUCGUGGCGCCCAAGCCUGCGUACGUACCCGAGCCCGUCGUGGUUAUCGCACCGCCCAAGCCUCCCAAGCACGUGCUCUUGUCGACGGUGCAAACACUUGCUGGUCAUGAGUGCCACAUCAAAUUCCUCUACUUCCCGACGCUCGAGCGCGUCAUCUUACGCACAAAAGUCGUGGGUUGUCCGUUGCCCGUCACUUUGGCGAUCCACGAAGACGAGUUCCGGAAGCUUGUCGGCGUCCCAGAUACCACGCUAUUGCUGGAGUACGCCUUGGACGAGGUCAACUCGCAGUCAAUCUUGAGCAACUUGAUCUUGCUCGUGCCUGAAGAUGCCCACGGACUGUUCCAGAUGCGUCUGAAGCGAUAUGUGCACGUGGCCAAGCCGCGGAAAGAGCCGGCGCCCAAACACCCCGACGAGGACGGAGAGAAGCCGCCGGUUGUCAUCGAGCCAACGCCCGCGGCACCACCAUCCGCUGCGCCCGAGCGCGUCAAGCGCGUCCGCAUGGCCAAGUCGCCGCGAAAAGAAAAGCCAGCACCCGCACCUCCUGUGGUUCCGGCCGUAGAGCCCGAAAAAAUGGCUCCGGUGCCAGACCAUGUAGAGCCACCGCGUCGCAAAACGUCGCCCCCCAAGCCGCGCGAGAAGGCCGUGUCGCCGCGGCGCGCCCCGCUUGAGCAAAAGGCACCAGCGCCCGCUGUCGAGCAUCGAGCUGUGACGGCAGCGGCGCCGUCGCAACACCACCGACCGGUACAUACAGCUCCCGAGAAGGCGUCGCACGAUGAUCACCACCGUCGGCUACGUGCCAACCUCGAGGCGGCGUCGCGCAGCUCCAUUUCUGCGAUUGACGACGGCGACGACGACGUGGUCCCGGAAGCCGCGCCCGCGCUCAAGGCGGUGUUUGUUCACCUCGCGAUCCAAAAGCUGCGGGCAGGACCGGAUCGCGUGUCUCCUUUGCACCACGGUGACGGCCACAAAGACGACAUUGACCGUCUGUACGCAGCGUCCAACCCACGCUCGAUCUCCCUCUCGCGCCACUGCCUCAUCGCAGCAUUCUGGGACUACCUCUCAGCGCAAACGAUUUUCAUUCCUGCACACCCGAUCCAAUAUGCGCUGGCUAUCUCGGAAGACUCGGGGGCCUUGAGCCACGUGGCCCCGCUCCUCGCGCUCGCGAUCGAGGAUGAGAUUGCAGCGUGCGACGCGGGCAACGUCCGCGACAUCCAGCACGACUGGCGCAAAGCGGUCAUGGAUGAUGUCGUCGACAUCGCGCAUCUCAUUGAGAAGACGGCCGAGUGGGGCGAGGAGGAGGUCGGUAUCAUCCGGACGUUUGAAACUAAGCUGUCGCUCAUAUGCCACGUGUCCCGCUGGAGCCUCCCCAGUUACUUGCGUGCGGCCAUCUUUGAAGGCGUCUUUCCGCUGCUCAACAUCAAGGAGCUGCCACUCGAGACGCCGUCGCUUUCGUACAUUUCGGCAAAAGAGAUGCCGUUCAAGCCACAGUUGCUCAAGAACCACGCACAACUCGAGCCCGAGCUGCACGCGAUGCUCGAGCUGCUCUACAUCCUCGCGUACUCGUACUACCACUCGCCACGCUGCACGGAGAAGCGAUUGCGGCACUUUGCGACGCCCGCCACGUCGCCCGAUGGCCGUGUUGGAGCCAUUUUGCUAGCGAUCGACGAGCGCCAAGCGCGGCUCAAGGAGGCCCGCUUUGCGUUUACAGACGUGACAUCGCACGUGUACCUCGAGCGCAUUAUUCUGCUCGAGCCGCGUCUCGCCCACGUACACCCGAUCGCCAAGGCGAGCAAGCUCCCGUCCUUCUUCAAGGAACUCGCCGUGUACUUAAUCAAGAUGAUCCGGUUGUACCGCGCCCACCUGGCGAGCGCGUUUCGCGUUCACGACGGUGUCCAAAUGGCCCAAAGCAUGCGCUUCCUACUCGAGCUCGUCAAGGCGCACGUGCACGAAGCGACGGCGGUCGAGGCGCCCAGUCCGAUCGGAGAUUACCUCGUGAGCGCCUUGCAGCCGCGGCUCGGUCUCGACAAGGUCAACAUUGAGCGCACCCGACUGCACCUGCCGCGGGUCAUGUUGCAGUCUGAGUUUUGUCUCGCAACGCACGCCCAGUGCGCCGCGCUGAGCACCUCAGAUGCCACGCGACGCCGCGCGCGCUGGGACAGUGCAGUCGACAUUCCGUCGACGACGCUGCAGCGCUACUUCUUCAAGGGCGAGCACGAGCUUCUUUGUGAGUUUGUGCUGCUAUCAACGCUGCCCGACCUCUCGAUCGUGUCUGAGCCAAUGAACGAAAACGAAGACGACGCUGACGGCGAACCCACCCCGUUGGACUGGGAGCAGCUCCACGCCGUGUACGUGGACGAGGUCGUUCGGCUAUGGACGUAUUUGCUCAACUGGCGCCAGCAAAAGAGCCCCGAUGGCUUCCGUGUGCACGUGGCGUUCGGCCUCAACAUUCGGCAAGCAACCGACGCGGUCUUGACCCCGGAAAUGCUCGCGAAUACGAAUUUGAGUUUUUUUCUCCACCACCCGGACGUCCAGUCGGUCGCCGUGGCGUUUGCCGUCUCGGACCAACUCCUGCGCGUUUCUAUUCGCUUCUACCAGGAGGUGGCGUCGUCGACGCGGCACGCUACGGUGACGCACCGUCCGAGCACGACGGGGCGCCACGAGAACAACGCGUUCAACCAAGCGCUCGUGCAACUCGGUGUGAUGCCGGCCGCCGCCGUGAGCAUCUUUCUUUUGCAGAAAGGACUGCAGUUUAUGACGCAAAACCUCUUUGGCGAGCGCCAGCACGCGUGGGAUCGCCUGCCGCGAGGUCGACCGCUCUACGAUGCACUCGUCGAAAGCCGGCUCACGACGCGGUACGCCGAGGACCUCAUGGAAAUAGCACUCGACAAGAUCUUUGCCGCGAUUGGCGACAACCCUUCGCUUCUGACGCCCGACAUUGUGCAGUUGCUACUGCGGAUCCUCGAGCGCGCCAACAACGAUUGCGUCGACAAGGACGGAUCGACGGCCGCGGUGCAGUCGACCGUUGAGUUUAUUGCCGCAGGAACCUUGCGCUUGCUCCAGCAUCUCUUGGCGCCGCCAAAACCAGCCACACCGGCCGUCCCAAGUCUCUCGUCCGUCGUGGCGUUGCCUCCGCUCACGCAAAAGCAGAAAUGCUUUGUCGAUUGCGACGGACUCGGCUUGCUCCACGACAUGCUGUCGGCGCCGUCGUUUCUCUCGACGACCGCGUUUGUCGACGGCAAGACCACCAAGACCGUCUGCGAAGCGCUCAUUCGGCAGGUGCUACUGACGCGCGAGAUGUGCGGACCGAGCCGCGCGCUCAUCGUGCACCACACGCUUUGGACAACGUACAUACUGCCGCGCAUCGAGAGCGACGAGCUCGAAGUGUACACGGGCGUCAUUCUCCAAGCGCUCGGUGACGUGCUCCUCGGAGCCAAGGACAAGCACAUGGUGUCGUAUCUGAUUCAAUGCAGCUGCGGCUGCCCCCGCAACCGCCACUGGACGAGCGACGUUUACGAGGCUAUGACGUCGCUCUUUUUGGACUUGAUAGGCACCAAAGUCGGCGUCCGCUGGGCCCAGGAGCACGACAUGGCGGGCGUCCUCGGGCUCUUGCGGCCGCUCGAGAUGUUCUACAUUCAGCUGCUGCGCGACACGUCGGGGCUUCAAGCCCGCUUGCUGCGCACGAUCUACCUCCUCGCGCGCCGCAUCAAGAUCCUUGAUAGUCUCGUCAAGUUCUUCGACGUCGUGCCCACCGCGCUCAUCGGCCUCUACUCGCGCGGAAAAGUCCCGCAUUUGAACGUCGAGAUCUUGCGCGUCCUCGCUUCCCUCCUCCACCUCGGGCUUCUGCGCAAGGUGCCGCAUGUUGCCGUCGGCGUCUACGGCGCGACUGUGACGGAGCUCUCGCUGCUCCUCGUCGACGCUGUCACACCGCACAUGAUGGACAUCGUCCCGACGCUGUGGUCGGACAUGGACUUGUCGAAAAAGGUGUUUCGCGGCGCCAAGCUACUCGCACUUAUCGCGGACGAGCACCAUGCGAGCUUGGCGCUGGCUACCAAAGCCACGGACCUCGACGGGCGGAUGCCCAGUCUUCUCAUGCUCUUUGUAAAUCUUCUCGAUGCCAAGCUCGAUAAGGCGCUCGUCGCACUACAGCUACCCGCGCUCAUGGGGCUCAUUUGCCUCUGCUACGACCCGACGAUCGCGCUGAUUUGCACCAAAGAUAACCUCUUAGCCAAGGUGCUCGACUUGCACGAGACGGUCUCGACGCCGUUCAUUUCGACCAAGCAGCAGCUGUGCAUUUGGAUCGCCGCGCUUCUCUGCACGCACAUUUCGCUCCACGGCGCCGCCGCCAGCUUUGUAAGCGACCAGACGAUGCGGCGCGUGCUCAAGCACUCGUACGCGAGCAUUGCGCGGAUCAACCGGAGCCGGUCCAACGGGUUCGACGUUUACGUGGGGCUCGUGAACCGCCAAGGCGCCAUCGACGUCUUCGAGCCGCCACCCGUCGCGGGCAAGCGCCCCGUGCACGACAUGACGCGCGUUCUCACGUCGCUUCGAUUGCAGAUGGUGGCGAUCGAAACGGAUCCUGGCAGCGCCCGCGACGAUGUUUCCAAGCAGGACCACUUGCUCGAGUGGGAAGAGAACCUCGAGGCGAGCAUUGGUGACCGAGACGACCGCACGUCAACGUUGUAUUUCAUCCUCAUGUGCGCGCUUUCGUGCAUGACGUCGAGCGUUGGCGCGAUCAAAGAGUCGCGCGAGGUCACUGUCGUCGCCCAGUCGAUUGCGGGCUACUUUAUUGCGGAGGAGCUCACGCCGCCAGAGUACUUUGUCGCGACCUACUGCUUUGCGCUCAAGAACAUUGUGUUUGCAGCGUUUCGCGCCGCGUCGCUCAACGAAAUCUGGGAGCAGCAGACGCUGAUGCAGUUUCUAAAGAAGCUCUUUGGAUUUGUGCACGCCAAGAAGCCCGCGGCCAACUUGAUCUCGCUCGGCCAGCAGUUUGCGCUGGAGCUCUUCUGGGGGCUCGUGCUUAUCUCGAAAGGCAAGGAGGCGUGGUUUCUCAAGGAAGACCUCUCGGAUGCGCCGCCGCAGCCGCUCGUCAUUGCGCCGUUGAAGACGAGUAUCUCCGUGUUGACGCGUGCGCUUGUCGACGACGGAUCAAAGCCAGUGGCUCUCAGCUGCGCCAAGCUUAAAGUCCUCGGCGACGCCGCCGCCAGCACGGACCCGAUUGUGGCCGAGUACGCUUGCGCCGUGCUCGCGACGCUGAUCGAGGACGCCAAUAUUGCUCGAUUCUUUUUGACGGAAAUUGGCUACAACAAGCUGCUCAUCAUGGUGCAGCAGCAGCGAGACAAGGCGUCGACACGUCACUUGCGCCUCGCUGAGGACGGUGAUGACGAGCUGGGCCCGGACCCGACCGUCGACAACUCGGAGGAGACACGCCAAGUGGGCGGCGCCAACCUCCUGUACGACGUCAAGCACAAAGCAAGUCGCGAGAUGCGCGCCUUGCUCCAGCUACUGCGGCUCAUUGCAGUGUGCAUUCGCGUCGUUGCCAAGACCGAGUCCAUCGAGAACGACGCGAUCACCAAGUUUGAGAAACGGACCAAGGACAACUUUGUGAGCUUGCUGCACGAGCUAAAGGACCCACCCGUGCUUGUCCAAGUGCUCUGCGGCAUCCGGCACUUGAUUCCGCUUGCACCAACGCACAACUUUGACGUGUACUUUGAGCGGCCCGAGUUUGACCGGCUAUACCAUCUCUGCCUCGACCCAACGACGUCCGAGACUGUUCAAAUCAAGGCGCUGCGCUGCGCACGCUUCCUCCUGCGCAAGUAUGCAAUCAACACGUGCCUUGCGCGCAUGCUCUUUGACGGCCGCAUGCCCGUGGUGCUGCUCUUUGGCCACAUCCACAUCAAGCUCCAGAUCGAGGCUGUCUACUUGCUCUUUGAAAUCUCCAUGAUCUACAUCAACAAGAAGCAGCGACGGGCGCUCGCGCAAACGUUUGACGCACCCGAGACACGCCCGAUCCUCGCCGGGCUCUUUACCAAAUUCGAGCUCCUCAUGCAGGACGAAGCGUCGAAAGCGCACGCGCAGCUGCUCAUGGACAUUCUCAUUCGACUCAUUAUCCAGCUUGACUUGCUCAACUGCGUCAACGAUGACUUUCUCGUCGAAGCCAUUUGCCACAUGAUUGCGACCAUCUCACCCGACACCAAGGCGACGACGACCGACCAGCCCAACUUGCACACACCACUGCGGCCGAUGCUCUGCGCGGCGCUCGCCAAGUUGGUGUGCAAGGGCGACAGCGCGCCGCACUUUCUGCAGCUCUCGCGCAUCGAUACGAUCGUCAAGAUCCUGAGCCAAGAGUCUACGUUGGGCGAGCUUAUGGAUCUGGCGUGUAUUCUACUCACCCUCGCGUCGCAAGAGGCGGCCAUUGCUGCGUACCUCGGCACGUCGGCGCCGCAAGCGAUCAAGCAUAUUUGCCACGUGCUUGGUAGCUUUUACGAGCUGCAAAUGGUCAACAGCGGUCCUGCUGCCCAAGCCGCGUACGACGACGAGGAUGACGACGUCAGUAGCGCCGAAGUGCUCGACGAAGACGAGAACGACGCAACUACCCCGGGGACGUCUCAGUACCGCAAGUUUCGAACCGUGAAACAGCGGCUUCUGCUCAAGAUCUUCUUUCCUAAGACCGAAGAGCUCAAGGUUUCUCGCCACUUGCACCAAAUUUACAAAUACUACCUCAAGCUGUUGACAAUGAUACUGGAAGUGCACGGCGAGUCCAGCGAAGUCCACGGCUGCCGCUGCGCGACGCGCGACGGGUGUCCACUCUGCGCUCCAUCCGAUCUCCUCCGCAAGGCAAACGGUGCGCACAUUUGCCGAUGGCUGCUACUCGCCAAGCGCAUCUCGGUCGCGCACGGUGCGAGCUACAUGACGGCGCCCGAGCGCGACGCCGACUCGAUCGUGUUCCACACCCUUCGGCUGCUUCGCAGUGCGUGCUUCAAUCACUUGUUUCGGUGCGACUUUCUCGAGGGUUCGACGCGCCCCCUCGCGAGCCAAAGCCUCACGGCGCUCCAGAAGCUCCGCGACAUUUGCGCCAACGUCCACCACCCCAAGCUGCUCUUGUCGAAAGCCACGUUGCUGGACCCCAUCGUCAUUCUGGGGCAGCUGUGCGCCGAGGACGGGCUUCGCGAGUACCUCGGCGUGACGCUCGAGUUUUCUAGCUUUGUCUUUGCGAUCAUCAACGACGAGCGUCAAGUCAAGGUACCGUACAUGGUACGUGCGUGCGUGCUCGUGCUCUGUCGUCUUGCCUCGACCGAGGUCGUGCUCCACCACCCGACCUUUCGUCGCACGAUGCACCUCACGGGCACGCUUUUGAGCCGCGACGACGUCGUCUCGGACACGAUGUGCCUUCACAAUGUGCUCAUGUUUUACCGCAACACAGUCGCGUUUGGAAAGCAGCUCUCUCCGUACAUCCACGAACACCUCAGCGACCGAGUGCUCGCGGCCCUUGGCCAGCUGCUCUCGCUCACGCUGCCAGCGACGCCCGGCUUUGACGCGGAAACCACGAUGCGCAUGGCCGCUGCCGAUGCCCUCGCGCACCUCCUCUUUUCCCACCACAAGGGUCUUCGACACGCUAUGAGUUCCGAUGCUUCAACGCGCCAUCCGAGUCUCGCACAGCGCAAAAACUCAUCGAUUGCCGCUAUGACGACGCCGAGCAAGGAGCCAGUGGCAGCUGUGUUUCGCCGUAUUGGAGCAACAUGGCGCGCGCACCUCCACAACAUGAACCGCGAUGACCUCUCGUCGCUGGCGGGGAUCGACGAGAAACUCGAUAUCGUGUACGAGACGCUCUACGGCGAACACAACGAGCUGCGCCUUUUCACGGACCUCCUUGCAAUCCACACCAAGCUCCCGCCGAUGCCGACGCCAUGUGACGCGCCCAGUAUUCCCAGUGUGCUAACGCCCCGGGGACCGCUGCCACCGCGCGACGUGCCUGUCUUCUUCGCCACCGAGCAUCCGGUGCCGAGUGACCUCCGCGAGUAUGCAUUCCACGGGCAUCUGGACCACGUGCCCGGGUCGGCCUCGCUCUGGAAAGUGCUUCGAAAGCUCUUUCGCAACUGCAUGCGUCGAGGCGAACUGUCGGCGCUCUCGAGCGUUCAGAUUGACUUGCUACUGCGCCUUCUCAUGGUCUGCGCACCCGACGGGCGCAGUGCGACCUCGGCGGCGUCGUCCGCGUGGCUCAUGGACGUCGAGCUUGAGUACAUUCGGCUUGUCCAUGACGUCGUACACUCGCACCCACAGCUGCACAACCUCGCCAUGUUUGAGACCGUCUCGGCGACCGCGCACCGGUUUUUUGCCAAGGCGGCGAAUUCCACCAACGCCUUUUCGUGCCGCAUGCGCGGGUUUGUGCUCUUGCACGCGUUCGUACAAGACAGUUUGUGCAUCGAGACUCUGAGCAAGUACCUCGUCGCUGUGCUACCGCCGCCGCCGCCGGAAGACGCCCCACUCGAUGUCGACCCGAUGGAGUAUGAGCUGCCGACACGCGCGCGCGAGUGCUUGAACGGGCUCGUGGUUGCUCGGUGCCCAACGACGUGGACCAGCAACGAACGCGCCAAGCCCCGCACGCUAACGUCUUUUGCACCCGACGUGGCGCAGGCGACCAUGCUGCCGUUCGGUCUCGGCGUCAUUUCGGCCCUCGUUCGAAUCGACAGCCGCUUCAUCGAUUGGUUUGUGUACCUCGGCGGCUUUGCGACGCUGCUUGAGACUUUGGACCUCGAGCUCGAGUUCCACGAUGUGCCCGUCGUGCCCUCCCGCGUGACGAUUCUCAAGCUCACGUUGGAUCUCAUGCGGCAGAGUCUAGAGUGCAGUCGCGAGCUGCCGCUUCGGGACGCAGUGACGAGCAACUUGCGUCUCUUCAGUCGUCUCCUUGUGCUCACGGCGCACACCAAAAUGGAAAUCAAGCAAGCCUCCAUGGGUGUCGUGAUGGCACUCGUCACGACGCCCCAAGCCUGCAAUGCGCUGUACCUGCUGCAGGCCCACAACGCAGUGCUACCGGUCGUUAACAAUCGCGAGGCGAGCGUCGUCCUGUCGCACCUCGAGAUCUUGCGCCCGCUCUUUGGACAGAUCGUCACGGAGCACGAGGGCCAGUACUUUUUCAUCGAAUCGAGCACAACAAUCGAUGCACGCAAGUUUAGCGCGCUCGCAACGCUGCGGGUUUUGCACUUGCUCAAGCACACGACACUCGUCAAGCUCUCGCGCGGCCUCGAGUCCCUCUCGCGUGCCGACUCGAAGACGCUCUCCGUACUGAGCGACGGCCGCUGCGCCAAUGUGCCGCUCUGGCUCAUCGAGCGCUAUGUCGAGCGCGAGUCGUUCACGGGUCUGAGCCUUGGCGCCGACCACGACCGACAGAGCUUCGUCGUCGUGGACCUUGUCGCGCGCCUCAACGCACUCUUGGUGAGCCACACGAGUGGCGGCGAGAAGGGUUAUGUGCUCACCCGCGCCGAGUAUCUGAGUGCCGUCGAUGAAAAAGAGCGCACGGCCGUCGCGCGUGCCGUAUGGAGCACGCUACAGCAGUUGCCGAGUGUUGAGAGGGCAGCGCCCAAGCGGCUGCCGAUUGUGCAGCAAAUCUGCCGGGCGCUCAUUGAGAACCAGGCGCAGCUCAACCGCACCGUGCGGCGCGCAACGCAGUCCUUGGACGAUCAUGCGCUCUGGCGCCGCCAGCGCACGCUCCAUGGCCUCUUUGGGUAUUUGCGCAAGAGCCUAUUGCUGCGAAGCUUGUCGCUCGAGGCGAUUGGUGCCCUCGGUCGACACAUGCCGGUGCCGACGCCGUUUCACGAAGACCAGCUCGAGACGUGCAUGGUAGUGGUCAACCAAGGCGAGGUCCGGAUCGAGCUCCGCCACAGCAUCUUUGCGUUCCGGUGUCCAAACGCACGUGCGUGGAAGCGUACGUUUCUGCCAGGCGACAUUGUGUGGUGUCCGUCUUGGCUCACGACCGACCGCCGCAUCGAGCCGUACGCCAAGGCCAAGUACAUCAUCAAGCACUGCGCGCCGCACACGACCGUGUUUCUCUGGACGCAAAAGCAGCACGAGUACUACCUCCCGGCGUCGGACCGCACGCUCCUCUCGAAUGACAUUUCGUCCAUGGUCAACGUCCUUAGCAACGGCAUGCCGGUCGAUGUGCCGCCGCGCAUUGCCGCGUUUUGUCGCGAAGACGCCGACUUGCGCCAGCUUCAAGUAUACGGCAUCCAGACGCUCGAGCACCUCGCAGCAGGCAGCGCUACGUUUGCGGCUUCGUUUGUGACGGACACGGGUCUCAUGAAUGCGCUCGUGUCAUUGGCUUUCUCGACGCUCAACAUGUCGCUGGUCGUCGCGGCGCUCGAGGCACUGCGGAGUAUGACCGCCGAGCCGACGUUGGCCCAGACGUUCUACAGCCUCCGCCUCGAUCGUUUUGCGCCAAGCUCUGUCCUGCACGGCAUCCUCGACGCCGUGGACCUCUGGUGCGUGACGCCUGCGGUUGCGACGACGGUCCUCGCGCUCUUGCGUCAGAUCUAUGCGCUCGUCCCCGUCGCCCGCUCUACGAUUCCGAGCACAUGGCGCCUGACACACUUUUCGUCGAUGCGGUCGUUCUUGGUGUCGACUGACUUGAGGCUCGUGGAGGCUGUCACAGCUCUCCUGCACGACCUCGUGGUCCCCGACCUCAUGGGGGUCUUUACGGCGGGCGGACUCCACUUUGCGUGCGCACAGCUUAUCGGCCGCUGCCCGGCGUCCGUCUUGCCCGACGUCCUGCACCUCGUGCUGCUGUUUUGCCAGGACACGACGACGAAAGCUGCCAUCUGGGCCCAUGCCGGCUUCCACGCGACGCUCGACAAUACGCUUCUGCAGAUGGUCGCGCGCCUCGGGUCGGCGACCGACGAAGAAGCCCGCAAGUUCAUCGCGUUCUUCAACAUGCUCACGUACUCGACGAUCGACGCGUCCAGAGACGCGAAGUACCGCGUGUUUUUGGGCCAGAAAACCAACCUCGUCGCGCACCUCGUGCUGCAGAUCGGUCUCGGCGGUGGCAACAUUGACAUUUACCUCGAUUGCCUCUGGCGACUCUGCCACGGCAACGCCGCCAACGCCCGGCGCGUGGUUGGAGAUAGCUCGUCGGUCGACGUCCGCCACGGGCUAGCGACGCUGGCCUCGACGCCGAGCGCCCCUGCGUUUGCCAAUUCGCUCCGCUGCAUUCGGUCGCUCUCGGUGCACCCUGGAAAUGCCGACGCGUUCAGCUCCGUGGGGCUGCCCGAUGUGCUCUUUCGCUACGUCGACGGUGAGUCGUGGCAGCGCCCCGAGACGAGCACAGCACUGCAGGCCCUCGGAAGCAUCUUUGCGCAAUCGACGCUUGGACGAAGCCACUUCACACCGACGCACAUGGCCCUUCUCGCGUCCUUGUACGCUCGCCACCUCGAGCACCCGCCCGCAACGACCGAGCUAGAGACGUGGGGGCUCGUACUUGCCCGGAUUUUGGAGCUCCUCAGCUGCGUCACGGCCGACGCGCGUACCCGGCAGAUUGUCUGGACGCACUCUCAAGGCGCCACGCGCAGUGAACUCGGGUGGGGCAGCUGGAUGCAGCUCUUGUACCCACCGCAGCAGCCGACCGCGAUGCAAUUGAGCGUCGAGGUCAAGCGGAGCGUUCAUAGCCACACACUUUGCCUCCUUGCGGCGCUCUGCCUCGAGGACUCGGUCGCUCGGGAGGUCGUUGCGCACCCUCAGUGGUGCCGAUACUUUUGUGCGCUGGCACUGGAUGCGAGCGCGCAAGCUCGCGACAUGCCCGCCGUCCUGCGCCUUCUCAUCGCCAUUGCAGAGUACUGCGUCGGAAAGAACGAGCCUCUGAGUGCCGUGCUGCCAGCGCGACCCCGUCUCUAUCGACUGCUGCUCCUCGUGGGCCUUGACGAAGUGAACGCGCUUGUGUUUCGAGUGCUUUGGCUCUGGGAAGCGCAGGCCCGCGAUAGCUCGGACGACGCCGCGACGCUCUUUAUAAAGGAAGGCCUCGGCCUCGAGACGUACUCGGCCUGCCUCGUCGCGCGAGCGGCGGCGACGGCCGCGGACCGCUGUAUGUUUUUGGGAUUCCUCGUCCACUUGGUCCCCAUCGCGUCCAUCCGAGGGCUCUUGACUGUGACAAUGGUGGCCGACCACGUGUGCGCGUGCCUCCGUCAUCUACCGGACCGCAUGAAAUGGGCGGCGCUGGCGGCCACCGAAGACGCCAACUAUGCCUUCGUCGCCUGGAACGAUGCCAACCUCAACCUCGGCGCGAUGCUGCACGUCAUUCGGCUCGUGCGGCUUGUCGUCGAGCAAGACCCUCUCCAAGGGUUGCUCAAGCAUCGACCAGUCUUCGAUCUCCUUGGCGACGUGGUCGCGUGGAUUGUCGAUGCCGUUAUUUCGCUACCGUCCGAGAUGGUGGCCGUCGCCACGCACCUCCUCGUCGAGUGGUCGGAGGUGCUGCAGUACGCCUUCAAGUGCCGCGUUCUAUCAUUUGAGCGGCCGACGCUGCUGGCGUUCGUGCAACACAUGUUGCGACUGCUUCCGCUUCUGCCACCGGAGACCGCCAUUGCCGGACUGCGCUGCCUCCAUGUGCUCUGUGACAAGAACAUCGAGGUGUGCCUAGCGCUGCAGCGACUCGGUCGCGGUUUCUUCUUUGACCUUAUGGCGCUGCUGGGUCUUGCGACUCUCGGGGCGCAAGGUAAACGGCUUUUGUUCCAGCUUGUGCAAGCGCUGGUGGCGACGUCGUUUUGGCUCGCGCAGCAUGCGGUGGCCGUUGGCUGGCCCAAGCGCUGCUUGGAGCACAUUGAGGCCGAGAUGUGCGCCCCGAGCGCGUGCUUUGCGAUUGUGCGUCUUUUGCGCGUGCUCGGUAUCGACGUGGUACUGCCGGGCGACCUCCGUGUCCGACUGCUACUGGCGCUCAUAGCGCCUGCCAUGGUGACCUCGAUGUUCUAUCACGACGCCCGUGUGUCUUGGCUCACGUGCCUCGACCAGCUGCUAACGUCAGCACCAGCGCUCUGCGAUGUCCUUGUCGCUCACUGGGACGCGUGCGGUGGUCCGCUGGUGCGCCACCUCUUGCACCGCCUGCACGACGAGCUCUCGGACGUCGAGGUGCCUCGCCACGAAAGCGUGCCGUACGCAGCCAUGCGGGUGCUGCAACACCUCAUGCAGCCGGCCCUCGUGCCGUGUCUCUUGACGCUUGCCGAGGCAUGGAGCAGCUUUUUCAAAAGCCACGUUUUCCCCGCGCACGACGGCAACAUCAACUUGUAUGCGUUUGUCGUUAUCAAGUCGCUCGUGGCGGCGGCAGGCUCGCAUCUUGUGGGCACGCCGGUUUAUCUCAGCCUCCGAGACGCUCUCGAAACGCUGGAUGCGAUUCCGACCUCGAUUUACCUCGAGCUUGUUGCCAUGUACGUCCGUGACAUCCUCGCGCAUGUGACGUCGCCCAGUGACGCAGCGCAAGUCCCAUGGUCUCUCGUUCUCGAGCGAUGCGUCGCCGCGCUUCUCGAGCCGCACGGGUGGAGCCGGCAUGCGGCGCUCCUCGCUCUGCACGCGUUUCUGCACAUGCCCAGCUAUGCGCCGUCUCUUCGAGCCAUCGCGACCGCGAUUGUGUUGGAGAUUCGCACAGCCAUGCAAUCGCUCGUGGACGCUGUCGACGUGCCAGCGUUGGAGCAUAGUCAUAGCGUCGCGUCUCCGGUGCUCACAGUGCUGAUUCCGAUGGGUCUGGAUGGCGGCGACGCCGUCUACGCCGCCGAGCACAUGGACGAUGCGCACGUCUUGCCACUCAGCAACAAGGCGGUGCUGGCAGCGACGCACCAGGGCGCCGAGGUCCUCGUCGUGCAGCUUCUGCGACACAGCAACGCAGCACUCUUGCGCCUCUUGCUCCAUCACACGAGCGUCCGGCGCACAACGACAGCGCCGCCACGACCGCACCUCGUGGACCGCAAGCGGGGGACUGUCGCGGUGCCGCGAAAAUCAUUUCGACGAUGCGCUGUCAACCCACCCUCAAAGCUUGGCCACACGUUUACACCGCUGGGGCUCGACGGCCGGCGCCAGUUUGCGCUCGCGAUCGAAUGUCUCGAACGACUGGACGCUGCUACGUUGGGUGUGUCCUCUCUAACCCGCCUGGACCGCACGGCGAUGGUUGUGACACACGCUUUCUUCUACACCGACGAUGCGCAGACCAGUGUUGAGUGGCUCCAGCAGCUCUUUGCAGCGACGGCGACGGCCGGCUCGACGCUAGCAGCCCAGCUUGUGCAGACUAGCAAGCCGCUCUUGCUGCUCCUCUUCCGCCUCGCAGGGUCGUGCGAGUCGCUUGCCCUACGCAAACUCGCAACUGCGAUGCUGUGGCUGGUCGUGCUGGAUGACGGCGGGUCGGCGUUGUUCCAGGCAACCAUGAUGGCCAGUCGGUCGGAUCUUCUGUACCAUCUCGAGGUCAGUCUGGGCCUCGAGCCGCCACAACGCCAUGCGUCCUAUCCACCAUCGCUGGGCUGGCUCGAUUUGCUGCAAACCACGUGUGGCCUUCUUGCCGCGCUUGGCCGCGCCCCGGAAUCGCUAAGUGUUGUGGUUGCCCACGGCUUUAUCGGUCUCAUCCUCCGCGUUCUUCGGACCGAGCGUCCUGCCGCACUGCACAAGUCCAACGUGCACUUUAUGACGCUGCUUGAUGCUGUAUUUCGGCAAGAUCUGGAGACGCACGCGAGUUUGGCGGCGCUCAUGCUGCAUGUACUGCAGUGUCUCGAGCUCGACAACGAGGUCGAGCUCCGGGCCAAGGCGGUCCAGGUCCUGCACCUCAUGUGUCGCGACGACACGGGAAAGCAAGCGCUUGAGAUGCACCUCUUCCCGCCGCCGUCAGUGGACGACUCUGCAAAGCAUGCGAAAGCGACUGUCCACUCGCUCGAAGCCAUGGCCCACCUCGUCGUUCUCACGGAAGCGCUCAAGCUUCGCGACUCGCGCGAGGCCGAGUGCGCAGCCAUCUCUCUCGUUCUGAUGCUGUGUUGCGACGUGCGACAUCGAGAGUACCUCCGUGGGUGCCGCGCCGCCUCGCCCGAGUCGCUCGUGCAGCUCAUCAUGAGCCUCCUCGAGGUCACGAUCGGCACGCGCCAUCGCAACCACGUGGUCCAGCGAACCGAGCCGUUUCCGCUUGUCGUUGCCGCGACAGGCGCUGCGGCGCUGGCGUGUCUCGAACGCCUCGAGGUGCACAACGACGUGUUUCGCAACAUCACCGUCGGGAGCCGCCUCGUUGUGCAGCUCUUUGCGGCCAUGGGCUGCCUCGAGCUUGAGAUUGCGUACACAGCGAGCUCGCUUCUGGUGGCGAUCGUGGGUUUUGCGACCGACCCAAGUGUCGAAAUGCUCUUGCUCGAGACGCCGGCGACCGAGGACAGCGACGACGACGACGAGGAGGAGGACCGCACGACGAGCAAGCGCAGGUUGCUCUUGCGCAAGGCGAGUUAUAUCCAAAUGGACGCGCACCUGCCGAUCGACCACCCGAAGCGGCAUGCGCUCAACCGCCUCAAGUGCUUUCGGCACAAGGUCGGCGGCGCGAUCCCGAGCUACUUUGAGCUCCUCGCGCGCUGCGCCGAGUCGUUUGCCGAGGCGAUGCCGCAUGCGCGCGCGCCGCUUGUCGGCAACGUGUUUGAGUUGCUGCACACGGCGCUGCGGGUCUUUUACGCGACGAUCUACAUCCCACUCACGGACGCGACGCGGGCGCACCACAGCCGCCUCGCCAACGUGUCGUACCGCGUUGCAUUUGCGGUCGUUCCCGCGAACAAUGACGUGUACGAGCGGCUCCAGAACGAAGCGCUCGCUACGCUAUACCACCUCAGCUGCCACGUCGGCGACUACAGCGCCGCUGUGUUUGAAACCACGCUGGCCGUCGAGACGCUGCUCCAGCGCAUUCGCGUCGCGUCGUCGCGGUGCCAGUACGAGUGCGCGCAGCUGCUGCGUGCGAUCACGCGCCACGAGAGCGUGAAAAGCGUCUUCUACACCAACGACCUCUUUGCGUUUCUGAGCUGGAUGAACGAACCGGUGUUUGUGGACAUUCUGCAAGCGCUCUUGCAGACGGCGAGAAACCUACUGUCGCCCAGCAACGCGCUGUGCUACAACCCGCUCCACCUCGCGCGUCUUCUCUUGACCGAGACCAACGUCACGUCGAGCAGCCGCAGCGCGAUCCUCGUCGACCAUGCGACCAUUUUCCGACGGGUGACCUUUCGCCUCCGCCUCGAGAGCCGUAUCAGCCGCGUGCUCAAGGUCACGUACGUGCUGCAGAUGCCGCCCGACGCGCCGACAAUGGUGAUUCACCGACGCUACCACCUCCCCAACAGUGACGCAGUGAUCGAAGAGUCGUUCUUCUGCAGCGUCCAAGUCUCUGCGAUCGCGUGCACUGCGUCGGUCGAGCACCGGAAAGAUCUUGCGGUCGCCUUCACGUACGCGGUGGCGCCCCUCGACGCUGGGAACGUCUUUACGGCAUCUCGGUCGCAGCCCGUCUUUGAUAGCACGACCACGCUUGUUUUGGACAUUGCCGACGAAAUGGUCUGCGACUUGGCCAACCUCUCGGGGCCGCUCGGCGACGUGCUCUCGUUCUGCGUGCACAAUGCGAUGGUCGUCGAGGUCGACCUCAUCUCGGAGCUGCUCGGCGAGCUCUGCAAGCACGACGCCGUCUUUUGCGACCCGAGCUUGCAUCUUUGGUGCUUUGUGGCGUUCCUCACGCACUACGGCGGCGCCCACAGCACGCCGACGCACGCUAUGGCCUGCCUCAAGGCCAUCGGCGAAGCCGCGUCGCCCGACCACGCAACCUACCACACGUACUUGCAGCACGCAAUGUACCUGCUCCAGAUGCUGCGCAUCUACGGUCUCUCGUCCGACCUAAUUCCCGACCGUGACCGCCCCAGCGUUUGUCUUCGGCACAAGGAAGCUACCUCGUUUCUUCUAAGUCUUGGCGAUAUGGUGGCUGCGGGCCUCUCGCAGUCGACAGCCGAGACGUACAUGAACAUGCUCUUGCUCGAGCUGGGCGGUGUCGUCCGGUACCUCUGCGGUUUCCACCGCAAGCAGGACCACCUCUGCUGCACCCACCUGCAGCUGCACGCGACGCUCUCCAAGGUUUGGCCCGCCCACGCGCGCAUUCUGGCCAAGAAGCGCUUUGUCAGCGACCAUUUGCGGUACUUUGAGACGAAUGCGCACCUGAGCGACGCGAGCAUCGAGCACGCAGCAGCGGCGAUCCUUACGCUCGUCGAGCACUCGAGCUCAUGCUACAAGUUUGUGCGCCACCGAGGACUUGACCUCGUGGGCCGCCUCGCCCACGUGCUGUACACACGCUAUUACGGAACCACGCACCCGCAGAAGAUCGCGACGAUUCUGCGCUUCUUUGUGCUCAUUGCGAGCUUUUUGCGCACCAACUUGCUCGUUGCGGAGUCACUCCCGCCCGAGAUCCACCACGCGUUCUUCCCCAACGCGCUCUCGCCGCAUGUCAUGCCGUUUCUCGAGCUCGUGCUCUGGCCGCUCCUCCCGUUCGACGACCAAGACGUCUGGCUCGAGUCGACGAUGCUGGCCGCGACGCUCCUCGCUCAAGUCGUCGAGGCGAGCGUCGACCGGCGCGUCAUCGAGCAGCACGUGCUCGCGAUUGGGUUCCGCGUGCAGAACACGCCGCGGGUGCUGAUUUUGCAGCGGGCGGUGCAGCGCGCGCUUCGUCUCACGGCGCGCGACCACGCGUUCGCGGUGCGCGUCGUUCAGCACGUGUACUUUUUGGCCGUUGUCAAAGGAAUCAAAACCGGCAUUUUGAGCGCCGAGUGCCGCGAGCUGCUCCCGACGCAUGCGAUCACACAGCUCGAGACGCUCAGCGACGACUCGUUCGACGUCGUUUUGCGCUACUGCGUGCAGUUCACCGAGCAGCACCGCGACAGCCGGCUGCGCGAAAUCCUCGUGCGCAACCGCAAGAAAGGCAUCGGCGACAUGCUCCACGCGGUUGACCACGCGGCGCGGCUCGUGACCUUUGUCCACCAUGUGCUCCGCAUGGUGCUGGAGAUGUACAUUGGCAUCGUCGCCAACGGCACGCCACACGCCGACGCCAAGCUACGUCGCGUCACCGCCUUUGUCAAUCAGCUCGAGACGCUGGCGCUCACCGUGCUCUCGGUCCUCGACCAGCUCGAUGCGUCGUACUUCGGUCAUAUUUUCGUUCAGUUUCGCGAAGUGCGCUUCCCGGAGGCGCGCCUCGACAUCAACGUCGUCGAGCGGCGGCACUUUAUGCGCAACAACAUGAAGAAGAUCUUGUUUAUCCUCAAGCGCAUCAUCGACCGCAAGAAGCUCGGGAGUCUCCUCGACGAAGCCUCGUUUACGCACGCCGAAGCCGUCUUGCGCGACAUCCGACUCGAGUUUGCCGUCAACGGCCGCCGGCGCCUCGGCCAAGCGUGCGCGGCCGACGCCUCGAUUGCGGAUCUGUUUUGCGAAGCGAUUGAAGCGCACGGCGUCGGGCCGUUUGCGACGCUCAUGGUCAGCGCGCGCUACCUCUUUGCCCGCACGAUGCGCAAGGACGACAACUCGAGCUAUUGCUUGGAUGAGUUUAUGGUCGGUCACUUCAAAGCCGCGGGCCUCGGCGACGCCAUCCGCGCACUGCUCCGCACACUCGGGCGGGGCGUCUCGUUUGUGUUAAAACAUCCGUGCCUCACGCUCUCGGCGAUCCGAAGCGCGUUUGUUUCGUGGCGACAUCGCAAGGCCAAGGUGACGGCGCCAGAGGUGGCGAAUGUCGCGCGCCGUCGGAGCAUGUCGCUCGCCAACCACUUGUUUCACGGCGUGGACAGACCGCUCGUGUCCUUCUUCCCGCUGGCUUCGCUGCUCACGCUGCCGAUGCACGAAGCGGUCGCGAGCACAAGCUUGCUCUGGAAGCACCUGCGCGUCUUUGGCACCGACCGGUUGCCGGACGGGACGCUCGCGCCCAAGCCGCGCUUCGUCGAGCGGCUCUGCCCGACGCUGCCGAGCGCCAAGCAAGAGCUUCUUCGGAAUUUUUUGAAGACGGGCGACGCCGCGACGCUCGAGACGCACUUUGAGCACGCCGAGCUGUACCUGCUUCGGCAAAAGCUCGAGUCGCUCAUUGGACGCGACACGGGCGCGGACGUGUCGCUCGACAUUGUACAGCACGCGACGCUGCCCGUGAACGUCUGGCAGUUUAUUCUGUCGCCGGUGCAGCACACGCGUCUCCUGCACCUCGAGUUUGUGCUCUCACAAGCGCGCACGUGCGGAUCCCUCGCCGACGCGGUCUCGCACGCCAAGUCCCUCGACUCGCGCCACCUUGCGAGCGACCUUCGAAAGCUCUCGGGGCUCAUUACGCUGCCGCUGCGGCCCCGCCCGGUGAUCAAGAAGCCCCAGCGCUCGAAACGCCACCGCCUCCUUCGCCGGUCGUCGCGCCGAGCGAUCAAGCAGUGGGUCGCGCGCUCCGUGGGCAUGAGCGGCUAUGUCGAAAAAGAAGAUCGCAAGACCGUCGACGAGAUCAAGAAGGACCCGACCGACAUUGUGUACGCCGAGUUUGUGCUGCCGGUGGCCGACAAGGUGCUUGAGGACCCACUGUCGGAGCAAAUGGCGUGGGGCUACCUCGUCGAUGAGAUCAAACGCAACCUCUUUCCGCGAUGGACGUUCGAAGUGGACGACGAGAAGGCGCCGCGCCUCCGCCGCGUCUACGCGCGCAGUCUCCGAUGGCUGCUCCGCGCUUUUCUCAACCUGACGUUUUGGCGCUUGGAAGAGCUCAAGCUGGACCUGCUCGACGACUCGUGGCCCGAGACAGACAUCCUGCGCUCCAAGCACACGACGCGCACCAAGCUCACAGCCGACAUUGUGCACAGUAUCGUCAUUUACAAGCACGCAAUGAAGGCGGUCUCAGAGCUCUGCACCGUCUGGAUGAAGGAGAGUGGGAGCUUGGGUCUGCGCUUCUGGCAACACUGGAGCUUCUGGGCCAUCGGCUGGAUCGUCCCGCUGCUGCUCUUUUGCGUCGUCUUGCCACAGCUCGACGCGGCAGCCGACUCGGUCGACUACUUUAUGAAGUGGUUCAUGGGCGGCUUCUUCGUCGUCAUAUACCUUCUCGUCGUGCUCUCGAUUCUCCAGCUCAUCAAGCAGAGCGAAAACAUGAUGGUUCAGGAGCGUCAGUCCGUGCGCUUCUACCCCGUGCUUGGCUACCACGGCAACUACCUCGCGGUCUACGGUCUCUUUAUGGAGCUCGUGCAGCAAAACACCAUUCCGUUCAGCAAGACGGUCAAAUGGGUCUCGGGCUUUCGCAUGCCCAAGAUUAUUGCUGCGAUCGGGAGCUUUGGCAUUACGGGCGUCAACCUCGACGCACUCAAACUAGCGCCGCUGGACGUGCUCUACCUCAAGGCGUACGUCGCCAUCACGGUCGUGUUUGCCUACCUUGUGCUGCUCAAGUGCGCCAACAAGUUCCACAAGAGCUACCCCAAGCUCAACAAACGGCUCACCAAAGAUCUUCCGCCCUUCGUCAGCAGCAUCCUCUUUGUCGCCAUCAUCAAUACGUUCUUAUCGUUCCUCUUUUGCUGCACGUGCGACCAGUUCCAAGACGCGGCGUCUCAGUGCACCCACACGCAGCCGUUCUUGUACGCAUAUCCCGACGUCAACCUCGUGUGCUGGAGCCCCGACCACCUCCCGCUCGCGUUCAUCGGGCUCGUUGGACUCACCUUCUUUCUUCCGAUCGGCGUUCUCAGCGCCGGCAUGGCCGAGGUCCUCUUCCCGAGAGAAGACGUCGACAUCAAGUUUUCGCCCAUCAUCGUGCUCGCGAGUCAGCUCGGCAAGACGAUCGCGAUCGUGGCCGCGCUCUUCUUUACGUUUUACCGCGAGUACAUGGUCACGAUCGGCAUGGUUAUGAACAUUGGCCUCUUUGGUCUCACGCUCGUCUGCAAAACGUCCUCCAUCUGGUAUGUGAGCAUCGUCAAGUCGUUCAUUUACGUCAUUUCGGUCUGGACGUCCAUUUGCGCGUUUGCGAAUCUCACGCUCGCGAAUCCGACGAGCAACCCCGUGUACUAUCUGAACCUUGGGUGGUUUACUAUCUUUGUCGUCGCGCUCGUCGUGCUCUUCCUUGAAAUGCGCAUUCGGAGCAUCCGCGAGGCGGCCGCCCGCGCCGAGCGGCUCCGCGACUACCAGCUCCUCAACGCCAACAACGACGACGUGCGCCUCACCGACUUUGAAGAAGACUUUAUGCGCCGAUCGCGCAAACCCACAACUGCGGCCCAACUUGAGGCACUCGCGCCGCCUGGGUUCCUCGCGGGCGCGCGCGCCAAGACCAAAGCCAUCGAGAGCCAGGAGCUGCCGCCGCACCUCGACGACUUUCUCGAAAAAGCCCGACGGUCCGCCGAGCGCCCGUCCAUUAGCGAGACCAUGUUCCUGCGCCGGGCGCGCCGCCUCGGCCACCGCAUCGAGCUCUUUGAGAAGGGCGAAGGCUAUCGUCACAAGCAGGCGUAA